AGUGUGAUAAGAGAAAAGCCGUAGAUCCUGCAACCACUCCUCCCUCCUGCUACCUUCCACCACACUCCUUCUACCCCACAACCUAGUAACCAGCCAGUAACCAGCUAGUAACCAAGUAACCAGAUAGUGACCUAGUAACCACCCCACUAUAAUGUAUACCAGUACAGAGCCGUUUACAACCCCUAUUAUCUGCGCCAAGAUACACUGCAUGGCGUGGCUGCCUGACCCUGAUGGCGGCGGUCUGCUGGCUACUGGAAACACAAGUUCAGCCGUAUCAGUAGCUAUUGUUAACGAGCAGAAGCAGCUAAACAACUCAAACUCUUACAAAGUCUGUGUUCUGAAACCGGUGUUAAGCGCUAUCCAGCACCCUCUCCGACCCCAACUAAAGGACGUGACCCACGUGUCAUGGAGUAAAAAGUACCAGUUCCUGGCCAGUUGUCAUGGUUACAACCACGUGCUCAUUUGGGACAGACAUGGAAACAGGGUCACAAACAAACCUGUAGUUAUUAUCAGAGACGAGUCGCAGGAUACUAGUAGAAUAGUGCCAGCCUGUACAGUGAGAUGGGCUCACACCAAACCAACACUGUUAAUUACCUACGAGGACGGCAUUAUGAAACUUGUCAAAGUGACUAGUGAGACUAAUAGCUCGCAUAUCAGUGUGGAUAAUAUCUCCUUCUCCGACGCGUAUUACAAUAACGCUCUUUACAACGGAGCUGAGAUAGAACCGGAGGUGGGAGUUAAACUGAAGAGCUCCUGUUGGUCCCACCACGACGAGGUAGUGUACAGUGCUGCGGAGAAUACUAAUGAAAUUGUUGUUACUAGUGUAGCUGAGAGAAGGAUCAUCGCCAAAAUACCUAUAGAUACCAGGGUCGAGGAGCUACACUCAUGGUACUGCACUGAAAGAGGACAGUUGCUAAUAGUCCACCACCCCUCUGCUGCUAUUACUAUAAUGAACCUGGACUCGGAGUACCACAAGAUUGAGGAGCAACAUGUGUUAACUCCGUUCUCUAUCGGCUCUACCAAGAUGGCGGUGCGAGUAACGGACGGUAUGAUAGCUAUAGGGGGUAGUGUAAACAGUUUGGGUGCCAACAUGGUCUGUAUUUACCACAAUAGAGGGAGUCUCAUGAAGAGGGUCGUCACUCCCUGCGAUAAGCCUAUCUCAGCUAUUUGCUGGGUGGGUAGAUCCUCGCUGUCGGUAGCAACAAAGAACCACGUCCACAAUAUAACAGUCAGCAAGUCAAUACCUUCCCUGGAGUUCCUCGCCAGUCAGGCAGUAACGAACCUUCAAAAGAAAGCAGCUUCUCCAAAACUACCUGUUAAUAUCAGAAUGAACUUUGAAAAUACUAAGCGUACCUUACCGAAAAACACGCCGCGCGUAUUCUCUGACACGGACAGCGCAAGUCAGUGUACUCUACGAGUGGUGCGGGGCGUUAGUUCACUACAGGAGGCCCAGUUCAUGGUUGCAGAGGUAGGAGGAGAAGCUGUAGCCCUAAGAGCAAUCAAACAAACAGCCCUCAUGUCCCUAGGGGUACACUACGAGAUAAUGUUACGAAACGACUGUAUGAGAACGGAUGAAAAUCAGCUGAACCUUAUUAACCGACACAGCAACUCACCCCCUAGAGUGCUGAACUGUUCGUACAGUGAUAACUUUACGCUGGCUCUCAGGAUGUCUCAUAAACCACUCAGCAGAGGCACUACCCUGGUCAGUUCCCUGGGAAACAAGUCCACGUUAUUCUACGGUCUGCACUACUCUGAGAAAAGGAGCCUACUCACUGUCCAUCUAUACAACAGCUCUGCAGGAACCGCGACCCCUGGUUCUCCGACAGAGAACGACACUGCCCCGUACGUGGAGGCUACAGGACUGAUACACCGACCUGCGGCGGGGAAUGAUGAUCCCAACCACACUCGCAGUGUAGUGCUCCUACAUCAGGAGAUAGAGGUCUUCCAACUACUAAAGUGGCAAAAGGGGAGUUACAGUGUGCGGUACAAGUCUCCAUUCUCCAUGUGCGCAGCCUUCUGUACCGCAGUCAGCUGCAUCUCCAGAAAACUUAUAUAAACAUCACGUGGUGUUACCUUGACAACGUGUGAUUACCUUGACAACGUGUGAUUACCUUGGCAACGCGUGAUUACCUUGGCAACGUGUGAUUACCUUGACAACGCGUGAUUACAUUGACUGCAGUAACCAUGAUGGGUGUGAUAUGAUCCGCUGUUACUAUUUUACAAAGAUUUCAGAUUAUCGGUUGAUAUUGAUAAAUAAAUUUGUAUUUUAUUAGGCGGUUUGAUUUUAUUUUAUGUAAUUGUAUGGGAUGUAAUUUUACAAGAUUAACGAAGUAACUUUUUACUUCGCUGAUUAUUUCGACUUGAAAAUGACUACUAAACUACGACGAUAAGGAUUUGGUAACAUUGAAAAUGCUUAGGUCGAUUUGAGGGCGGACCCUAAACGAAAGAUUUUUGUCAUAAAUUCAUAAAUCAAUAUAAAAUAAUUCAAAAUAUUGCUUUCUCAUAAAAUUUUCAAUCGACCUAGCUGCAAGAAUUUGAC